AUGUCGUGGCGCAAUCAGGGCAUCACCGGCUCAAACAACAUCCCUCUUGGAGCACGCCGUCGCUUCGGGGACGGCAAUGGUGACUCGCAAAAUGGUAGCUCAGUCGAGUCCCCAUCCUAUGGAGAUUCUGGCAAGCGUGGGCGAAGUCCAACCAGAGCUGAACCUGCGGUCGACGGCGUGAAGAGGCGCAAGAAGCGCAACCGAUGGGGUGAAGCUGAUGAAAACAAGGCUGCAGGUCUCAUGGGUCUCCCAACCAUGAUUCAGGCAAACAUGACAGCAGAACAGCUUGAAGCGUACACUCUGCAUCUUCGUAUCGAAGAGAUUAGCCAGAAGCUGCGCAUCAAUGAUGUCGUCCCAGCGGAAGGAGACAGAUCGCCUUCACCACCUCCCCAAUACGACAACUUCGGUCGUCGUGUGAACACUCGAGAAUUUCGUUACCGAAAGCGAUUGGAAGAUGAGCGUCACAAGCUUAUUGAAAAGGCCAUGAAGACCAUCCCGAACUAUCAUCCUCCAUCUGACUACAGGCGGCCGACAAAGACACAAGAGAAAGUCUAUGUCCCAGUCAACGAUUACCCCGAGAUUAACUUUAUUGGACUACUUAUUGGACCUCGUGGUAAUACGCUCAAGAAAAUGGAAACCGAGUCAGGAGCCAAAAUUGCCAUUCGAGGCAAAGGCUCCGUGAAGGAGGGAAAAGGACGAUCAGAUGCAGCUCACACUAGCAAUCAAGAGGAAGAUUUACACUGUCUCAUCAUGGCCGAUACUGAAGACAAGGUCAACAAAGCCAAAGCCUUGAUCCACAACGUUAUCGAAACCGCCGCCUCCAUACCCGAGGGCCAGAACGAGUUGAAGAGAAAUCAGCUUCGAGAACUUGCAGCUCUCAACGGAACCCUCCGUGAUGAUGAGAAUCAAGCUUGCCAGAACUGUGGACAAAUUGGACAUCGGAAAUACGACUGCCCAGAGCAACGUAACUUCACUGCCAAUAUCAUUUGUCGAGUUUGUGGCAAUGCUGGACAUAUGGCAAGAGAUUGCCCCGAUCGUCAACGUGGUAGCGAUGCCCGUAAUAAUGUUCCGGGAGGAUUCAAUGGACCUCAACGACGACUUGGUGGCGGUGAUGCUGUUGACCGAGAGAUGGAGAACCUCAUGCAAGAACUUUCUGGCAAUCCGUCCGGCAAUGGUCCAGCUGGUCGCAUCGAAGCUGGUCCUGGUGGAUACGACCAAGGCGAUUCGUAUGGCGCACCGGGCGGUGGUGAUACUCGACCAUGGGCACGUCAACCUACUGGAGCGCCUGCACCAUGGCAACGCGAUCGUCAAGAACGCGGUGGCUAUGAACAACGUGACAGUGGAUCCUCAAAUCCGCCAUGGGCUUCGCAAAACCGUGGUGGUGAUUCAUAUGGAGGAGGAGGGUAUGGCGCCGCACCAGGACAAGAUUCGGCAGCUCCUCCAUGGCAAGCGCAGGCUCCUCCUGGUGGACAAAACUACAACUAUGGUGGUUACCAAGGAUACGACGCUCAAGCGGCUUAUGGUGCUCCUCCACCAGCUCCUCCGGGUCUCAGCUCUUUCCUCCAGCAGUAUGGAGCUCCACCUCCACCUCCCGACUCUCAUGCUCCUCCUCCACCACCUGACGCUCAACCACCGCCACCUCCUGGUAUGGGCGACUAUAUUCCACCUCCACCACCUCCUGCUUAA